UUGCAGCCAGACUAUAACCUUUUAAAGAACAUUACAAGAACUCAAGAUUUCGCUCAAUUCAUUAGGAAAGAUGGACGUCCGUUAAAUUUUACAGAGCUUUUCAACUCAGAUGCAAACAAACAGCUUGUUGGUGGUACAGUUUCUUUCGAUAAUCUUGCUCAGUAUGACUACUGCUCACCUAGAUACCAGACGGUGGUUAUACCACGUGAUACCGACCCAUCUAUUACGUACUUCCCUCCCUGUACAAGGGUGCUGCGCUGUGGCGGAUGUGCCCCUGCAGAGGUCCUGUCCUGUGAACCCAGACAAACCAGCAUCAAACAAGUUGUGGUUGUAAGAUCGAGAAUUCCAUACCCUGGAUCACCGGACACCGUGUUCGAAGCUCUCGAACCUAAAGAUAUCGUCCAACACGAUUCCUGCGAACCCCACACUCUAAAAAAAUGUAAGGUGAAGCCGGAGCACUGCAAUCCCGUGACGCAGGCCUACGUCUCGCGAGACUGCAGCUGUAUCUGCCGCAAUAGAAGGACCUGUCCCACGGACCUUCACGUGUGGGACGAGGACACGUGCACCUGCAAAUGUGCCCAGAAAAACGACAAUUGCCCAGGCUUCUCUCGGUUUAGCGAGGAUACGUGCAGAUGUGAGCUUCGUCAUGGAGUGUCUGGGAUGACAGACGAGGAGAUCCGAAAUCUGUUACAGCUGGCUGCUCAGGUUACAACCACCACCACCCCCGCCCCUACCACUCCUGCUCCCAAUCUACCACCACUCAUCCUGAGGCUCCCUAACUCCCCAUGUCAACCCGCCUAUCCGUGUCCGAUCGGUACCUCCCCGAAGAUUUCACCCGUAAACGGACGCUGUCAGUGCAUGCUCCCUCAGUUUCGGCUGCCUCCUCUGAGACGCAGACGACAAAUAAAAUUCAAGCAACGCCUUCUGAGAAAUCGUGCAGGCCUACUUUAGAAAGCUUUAUAUUAUCUUUAUACAAAUUGUGACAUACAUGACAAGAUGGGCAUCAAAAUGGUCUAUAACAUUGUCCAUACUCCAUAUAAGUGAAUGCAAAUAUACGGGAAUAUAAGUCGUGCUUGUAAAGUUAAAAACUUUGUACAUGUACAAUAAUUUUACUUGUACAUGUGUAUACAAUUUAUAUUUAUUGUGGUAAGGCAUAAUAUAUCGAGAGUAUGAAAUGUAUCAUGCAGAGUCAAUAAGUCUGUCAAAAAAUGGUCAUCUCUUUUCUUCUUCUUUUUUUUUUUUUUGGAAAUAUUCACAUUUUAAUUAAAAGUAUUUCUUCUUAUUUGUAAGAUUAAACAAUGUAAUAAAAUCAUUUUAUAAAAUAAAUAA